GAGGGAUCUGUUCUGAUCACAUGGAUAGAACGUUACUUCAGCUGAACGGCCCGGAUGAAGACAGGGAGCUGCGGUCAGUGGCCCGGCCAUCGGAGGAGCCACAGGGAGCAGCGGGAGCAGAGGGAGCGACGUGGGCGCCCAGCUGUGGAACAAAGGCGUGACACUUUGGCAGCAGGUCCUUCUCCAAGACUUGAAACCCAAAUCAUGGAUCCCAGCAGUUCAUCCUCAAGGAAUCAAACAGAUGUUCCAGAACUGCCCGGGUUCUACUUUGAUCCAGAGAAGAACCGCUAUUUUCGCCUGCUGCCGGGACACAACAAUUGCAACCCCCUAACCAAAGAGGGGCUGCAGAGCAAAGAGAGGGAGGGCCGCAGGAUCCGGCUGCUUGAGGAGGAUGAGCGCCCUUGGAAGAAGUCUCCGAGAGCAGGCUUAAAUUGUGCCCUGCUGUUGCAGAAGAGGCAUCAGGGACUUGUUCCUGGGAACUCUUACUGCAGGCUUGUACACGAGCUGAAGGUGAGCGGCAUGAGGCGCCACAAGCUGGAGGUGCAGAGCUCCGAUUCCAGCAGCCCUAAUACAGAUAAUUUCCGCCUCAUUGUGGCGGACUCUGCCUGUGAGAGGGUUUUCACCGUGAAUGACGUGGAGCACGGUGGCUGCAAGUAUGGCAUCAUGAAUUUCCGUGGAUGUAGCAAGGGCUCGUUGUCUGUGGAGAUGUGCGACAACUUGUACUUUACAAACCGCAAGGUGAACUCAAUCUGCUGGGCUUCGGUGACGCAUUCCGACUCGCAUGUGCUGCUUUGCCUGGUUGGUAUUGCCCAGACUCCGGGCUGCGUCAGCUUGUUACCGGCCUCCCUGUUCAGCAACUCUAAUCCAGACCAGCCAGGAAUGCUGUGCAGUUUUAAGAUCUCGACGGCAUGGUCGUGCGCCUGGUGCCUCAACCCACAGGCAGACAAGAACUUCAGCACAGGGCUCUCGCGACGCGUCAUCAUUACAGACGCCGUGACAGGCAGGAGACAAACCUACAGAAUUGGCAGCGAUGUGCUGGCGCAGCAGUUUGCCCUGCGGGCACCCGUCUUGUACAACGGCUGUCGCUCAGGCGAAAUUUUCAGCAUUGAUUUGAGACAGCGUGCGCGUCGGGGAAACGGCUGGAAGGCCUGUCGCUUUUACCAGGAGUCGGCGAUCACCUCUGUUCGCAUCCUACAGGAUGAAAACUACCUCCUUGCUGCAGACAUGCUGGGAACGAUCAAGCUGUGGGACCUGCGUGUGACCAGGGCAGUACAGCAAUAUGAAGGGCACCACAAUGAACAUGCCUAUCUGCCGCUGCAUGUCAGUGAACCGGAAGGGCUGGUGCUAGCAGUGGGCCAGGACUGCUACACUCGGCUGUGGAGCCUGGGUGACGGAAGCCUCCUGCGAACUAUCCCAUCCCCCCACCCAGCAGGCAAGGACUCGAUCCCCAGCGUGGUGUUCUCUUCGCAGCUGGGUGGGCGCAGGGGCCUACCUGGCCUCCUCAUGGCUGUCCGUCAUGACCUCUACUACUUCCCCUACAACUCUGAUUACAGGGACAGAGGGGUACCUGAGGGAGACCAAUAACCAAGCGCUGUAACCCAGUUGAUGACACCUACUUGAAAGAGUGGUGUCCUGAUGAGGCCAUUGCCCUUGAGGCUCUCAGUCAACCUGCUGUGCUGCAUUUGUAUAUCAUCAUCAUUUCCUUAAAAGGCCUAUUUUAAUGACUUCAGUAAGUGCAAUUUGAAGCCUUUGAACCGACUGCUAAAAUAACU